GCUCUCCCCGUUUCCAACCUCUCCUCCUGGCUCUCCCAAGCUUCCAUUACCUCCGUGUCCCUCUUUACGAAUGCAUCGACGUGCCUGCACUCGCCUUCUAAAUCUGUAUUACAUUACGACUUGAUCGAAUUCGGAAAAUACAAACUGGUUUUUCUUGUUACAUUCGCAGGUUCUCUGGGAACUUCGGUGUUCGACACGGACGUAUACCUCGUUGGAGCCAGCGGGGGCGUUUACGCCCUUCUUGCAGCUCACCUAGCUAACGUGCUUCUCAACUACAAUAACAUGGAGUUCGGUAUAGUUCGAUUAAUAGGCAUUUUUGUGAUCGCGAGCGCGGACGUGGGAUUUGCGAUCUACGACCGAUACGCGGCCGAACAAAUGGGUCCGCCAGUUUCGUACGUGGCGCAUCUGACCGGAGCGUUGGCGGGGUUGACAAUUGGCCUGCUGGUGCUGAAGAACUUCGAGCAAAGGCUCCACGAGCAGUUACUGUGGUGGGUGGCGCUAGGUGUCUACGCGGCCUGCACGAUAUUCGCGAUCAUGUACAACCUGAUGCAUCCGGACUAUCCAUGA